CUCCGAAACGCCAACCACAUGCGUAUUCUGUUGCCUGCUAUCCAUCUCUGCCUUUGUGAUUUGAUGGAUUUUAUGCAUGAGCCCUGUGCAGCCAGUAUCAUUUGAUUCUCCUCACUCCUCUUUGUCGUAGUGAACAAGGAUAAUCUGCCGCCAGUCAGAAGCUCUGGUCUUCUGUGUUGCCAUCCACAGGCAGCAGCAUAGCUGCGGCCUCGUCAGCUUCUCGCCGCACCCCAUGCUAUCUCUAUCUAUUUGAAGCUUGUAGCUCUCAUCUUUUUCUGGUCUACCAGUCUUUCUGUUCUAUCAAUAUUUUCCGUUAUCCAUCUCAGUUGUGUCUCUAUUGACCACUCUCCAAUCGGUGGCUAUCAGCAGCCAUGUUGAAGCCAUUCCAGAUAAGAGAUCUUCAUGGAUCUCCAACACAAGAAGAUGCGUACAACUCCCUCGACUGUCUCCCACCGGGGGACCAUGGUCACAGUACCUGUAGGCGCUCAGGCAUUGUGCAGCUCUCAGCCUCUGACUACGAUGAGAUCGCAUUGUCUCAUCCCCGAGCCCGGUUGACAUACGUGGAUGAUGAUGACCAAGAGAUUAUCACUGUCGGAUCAUCUCUUGAGCUUUCUCAACGUCUGGACGAACCUAUAUAUGAUAUGCCAGUCCAGUCAAACCCUACACAAGAUUCCGCGAUACCCGAGACCAUGCACAUCUUCGAUAUUCGCCGAUCUAACUCUGUCACUGAGCUAUGGAAGCGAUUUGAGUUUAAUCCGGCUGGCCGGGAAACGGAAGGCACAGAGAAGGCAGUCGAAUCGACAACGGACAAUUCUACUCCUCCUUUACAAGACGGCAGAGAAUCGAAUGCUGGUCUGUCUUCAAACGAGGGUUCCGAAUCGCUUUUGGCCGCGUUUGAAACAGAGAUGACCAAGAUUCUGAACGCUUCAGAAUCUCGCAAUACAGGCAAUGCAGAAGAGACUCCUUCUUCUACGGAAGUGCCAAACGAGUCGGCAAGCACUGGCAGACGCACAAAUCCCGCUGUGGCCUUGGCUCAGGCGAUGCACCACCUGAUCAACGGAGCUGAAAUGAUUGGCUCCGAGGUGAGGUCAAGAUUGCCAGAGUUGGAACAUCAGCUAGAGCAUCAUCUACAGAACGCGCAAAGAGUCCUGCCAGAAAACGUCGGGUCGACCGUCCAGGCGGCUCUUGCGAGCUUGGAUGCUCAGAUGAGGAAUCUGACCACUGCGCUGAACAAUGCAAACAGCGCAAGGGAUCGGAGAACCAGCAACAUGUUCCGGGGCGAGGUUCCUACACCUGCAGAGGCUGUAGACAGUCUGUAUACUAUGGCUUCUGAGCUCGGCCAGAUGGGACACACACUAUACUCGGCCUUUGAGACUGAGUUCGGUUCCCGUAUUGAAGCGAGAGGUGCAAAUCAGCCGUCGGGUGGAAGUCUCCAAAAUCCGACGCCGGGUGACGAAGCUGCGGUAACCCGAGAGCCUUCAGCUGAGGAUUCGGUUUCGAGCACUAAGACUGAGAAGGAGGCGAAGAUCCCGCUAACCGCUGAAGAACCUGAUACAACUUCAAGAGGGCAGGGAAGUAAAAACCGAGAGGAGCCGCGACAAUUCAGCAGCCGGAUGGAGGAGCCUGGUCUUGCACAGUGCGUCCCAUCGCAACAGGACGAGCCACCUCGUCCGUGGCGCCGUUUCCCUCAUCCGUCCCAUUGUCAUUCCCACCACCACCACCAUUCGCGUCCACAUCCUCAUUCUCAUCCCCAUCCGCCUCCUGCUCCGCACCGCGAUCACGAUACUUCGUCCCUUUCCUCCGCCACCCCCACCACAUCAACAUCAUCAUAUUCCUCCUCCCCUCACCCACCUCACCCGUUCCAUCCCUCGCAUAUUCCUCGCCCGUCCUGGGGAGCCCACGGCCCCUUCCGUCCAUCAUUUCCGCCUCAUCCGCGUGCUCACAAUCAUGGAUCAUGGCGCUCCGCCUGGCCAUUUUUCCGGCCCCACCAGGAGCACCAGUCUGAAGCGCCAACAGCUGCUACAGAUCAAGUUCCCGAUGCUGGCGCCGGUGCACUUCGUUCCGCAAAUGCAGUGUUGUUCGUUGGCAAUGUAGGGUUCAAUGUCAGUGAGAAGACAAUCAGAGAUGUAUUCACUGCGAAGGGGUUCCUUGUUGAUGUCCACUUGCCCUUGGACGCCGAAACCAGGAAACAUGCAGGCUUUGGCUACCUAUACUUCCCUUCGAUUCACGCGGCAAGGGCGGCAUUGGAUGCCUUGCAAGGUACACACAUUGAUGGUCACUCUAUCAAUUUGGAACUAAGCGACCAUUCGCCAAUUACGUCCCUCCAUCCUGACCAGGUUCCAGAGUGGGGCCACGCUCGUCGGCCGUCGGUGCUGCACAGCUCGGCCAAUCCAUCUCCGGGAACAGAGCCUGAGCGGCGCGAGUUUGGGCAAGAUGGUAAGGGUGAAGAUACCAUCACAGCGAGGGAGAAACGACCGAUUCCUCUGAGUGUGACCAAUUUAUGUUCGAGCAACGAAGGCACAGAUCAGGAGCCAAAAGGAAACAAUAUCCUGAGCAUUACGCCUGACAGUUUCCCCCGUCUCACUCGAGGCUUAGAGCAGAGCCGCUUUCCUCCCAUGUCUCAAAUAGAUGCUCAUGUUCUAACGCACCACCGUCGCGACCCGGACACGUCAAUGCUGGGUGCGUCCGCGCCCGAGUGUGAUGCGAGCCAUGGGAAUGAUGUCGCUGGCAGAUCGUGUCAGCUGCAAAGUACCCCAGGCUCGUUUCCUGACGAUGAUGGCGAUGAGACACGGUCAGGUCCAUUCCAAGAAGUCGCUCAAACAUCAGGCGCAGGUCAUGAUGAUCACUGUAAGCCUCGUCGGUCAAAGAGUAUGAGAUACCUGAAUCGCAACGGAGAUAGAAGUCCUUCAAGAGCCUUGAGACGGCGGGCAACUGAGCGACAUUCCCUACACCAUGGUACACGGAACAGUGUUGGUGGAUUUUACGACGAGGGAUGCGCAUACGACAACUACUCCAAUACUUUCGGGCACUCUCGUCCUCGGAGCCUGCCCCUAUCGCAGGAAGCAAUCUCGGUCCCGGUUGAGAACGAACAGCAGCUUGACCCAAGACUGAGUGCCAUUGACGACUGCGUGGUUAGUCUGAUUGGCCUGGGAUACGAGAACACACUGGAGGGUGGUAUUCAGCGGAUUGCGGUAUAUGCAGCCGCAGCGGACGGCAAGAUAUCAGACGCCAUUGAGAUGAUUGAGGAAGAACGCAAGGCGUACGAGCAGCAAGGUCUUUGA